AUGCCCAAGUCGGUAAAUCCUCUCCUGCGCCGGACAUCCUCGCAGUCGAAAUCGCCCUUCUCCAGUGCUCAGCGCACCAAGCCAGGCUCUCGGACCAAUAGCUUUGCCGAAAAAGAGCAACCUUUAGAAGAUAAUGGCGGCCUUGUCCCGUCCCUGGCUCCGCGAAAUAUACCACAAGAGCUCAUCUCGUUGAUUCGAUAUGCGCAAUCCUCGUUCGAGGAUGUUCCAGAUCGUGCGGCAGGUAUGAAAAGUGAGCGUAUCUCAGAAGUGCUUCGCUUUCGCAAACAACUUCCUCCGAUCGUGAGCAUUGCACACUUGCUUGCGUUGAGUAGGUCGCCCACCGAAACAGAGCGUGCGCUGGCAAGAGGCGUAGCUAUGGGUAAAUACCGUAAGAUUACAAUCCCAGGCAGAGGGAAAGGUGGCAGUGCGAUUGGAGAGGGCGUCGUGGUGGUCGAUGACUGGAAGGAUCGGGUGAAUMAAGAAACCGCCUUGCCGGAGGAGUUGAGGGAGAAGUACAUCACUCUUAUGACCUCCAAUCCUACGUCUCCCACCGUCUCGAUCGCAUCUCUCACUCGCGAGGAAGUACGAAUGCUCGUCACCACGGGUUUCCUCACGAAUCCGGCUGCUCUAUCCAGUGGCAGCGAUCUCUCCUCGCGCUCCACAGGCAUUUCGCUCGCAGCGAUCUCCGUGGCAGGAUCAUUGGCACCUUCAGGUACUCUAGCAGCUGUCGGUGGCUAUGGUGCAAUCAAUGAUAGCGGUGGCGGCGGGAGCGCACUUUCUGCGGCCGCACAACCGCGCUCUUCGCUGAGCGAUCUCAGAAACACGAUGACACUUUCACUUCCAUCUACUGGAUCCUAUCUGAAGCUUUUGACUGAAUCCCGCGCCCACUUGCUGUUCCUCCUAAAGCAACUCAGUCCGCGGCAUAGAGAAGCUACCCUUGAUCUGCUUCGCGAGAAAUGGGACGGCAACGUCCCAAAUGACGCGAUCAGUAACGCGAAGCGCUCGCGCGGUGAAUGGUCUGGUGUUCUCCCUGGCAAGACUAAGCGGUGGAGAGACUUUUACGGACUGGAAUUCGCGUGGGUCCUUGCCGAGUGUGUCGGGAGUGGAUUAAUUGAGCUCUUCGAUACUGGUAGUGUGGGAAUCGCCGUGCGCGGCACAUGA